AUGAAUUUUUUCGCUAUUCUUGCCUUCGCGUCUGUAGCGGCAGCAGCUCGCUUAGACAGCUCCCCAUUAUUGCCACCUCACGCUGAAACAUCUGGUGGUUCCAACGCUGAUCUUCAAGCGCCUUAUAACUAUGAGACAAGCCAUAGCUCCGGUCCUGCAGCACUUCAAGGAGGUAAUUUCCGUGGGGGUAGCAGUUCUAGUGCUCAGGCCCAGAUCUUGAGAUACGAAAAUGAUAUUAAUCAAGAUGGAUAUCACUACGCUUAUGAAACUAGUGAUGGGACUAAAGCUGAACAAACUGGUCGUGUAUUCCCCGGAGCUCAACCCGAAGAAGGCUCUCUCUCGGUGUCUGGAUCAUAUACGUACAUUGGCGACGAUGGCCAGGAGUACACAGUGACUUACACGGCUGAUGAGAACGGGUACCGGGCUGAUGGCGCUCACCUACCCACUCCACCGCCAAUCCCUUCAGAAAUCUUGAAGAGUUUGCAACUUACGGACAGGUCUCGAGGCAUGUAUGACAGUAAUAAAAGCAGCUACGAUGCCGACGCAGGAAUAUACUAA